UGAGACAGUUUGGUGAAGAUGGCGGACUCGCUAUCGACAGGUCUAGGAGAGGAGAAAGAGACGGAGAAAGAGGACAGUGAGAGGGACAGGAAAGCUGCCAAAACCGAUAAGAACAAGGAGAAGGACGGAGUCACGGAGACUUUGGGCUUCAACGAUAAAAAUGGCAGCAGUAAGAGCAAGAAACGCAACCUCUCAGACCUGUCUCUGGUCAGGUUUAUAACAGCUGAGCUUACCAGAGGUUAUUUCCUGGAACACAACGAGGCCAAAUACACAGAGCGCCGGGAGAGGGUCUACACCUGCCUCCGCAUUCCUAAAGAGCUGGAGAAGUUGAUGACAUUUGGCUUUUUCCUGUGUCUGGAUGCCUUUCUAUAUGUAUUCACCCUGCUGCCCCUCAGGGUGCUGCUGGCCCUCUUGCGACUCCUCACGUUGCCAUGCUGCGGUCUCAGUGGCUCCCGCCUGCUCCAGCCAGCCCAGGUGUGCGAUGUGCUGAAGGGUUUCAUCAUGGUUCUGUGCUACUCCAUGAUGAGCUAUGUGGAUUACUCCAUGAUGUAUCACCUCAUCCGGGGCCAGUCCGUCAUCAAGCUCUACAUCAUCUACAACAUGUUGGAGGUCGCGGAUCGUCUGUUCUCGUCAUUCGGACAAGACAUCCUGGAUGCUCUGUACUGGACCGCCACAGAGCCCAAGGAGAAGAAGAGAGCGCACAUCGGCGUCAUUCCCCACUUCCUCAUGGCUGUGCUCUAUGUCUUUCUCCAUGCCAUCCUGAUCAUGGUUCAGGCCACCACUCUCAACGUCGCCUUCAACUCCCACAACAAGUCCCUGCUCACCAUCAUGAUGUCCAACAAUUUUGUGGAGAUCAAAGGAAGUGUGUUUAAGAAGUUUGAAAAGAACAACCUUUUUCAGAUGUCAAACAGUGACAUUAAAGAGAGGUUCACCAACUACAUCCUCCUGCUCAUCGUCUGUCUGAGGAACAUGGAGCAGUUCUCGUGGAACCCUGACCACCUGUGGGUGCUGUUCCCUGAUGUAGUCAUGGUGAUAGCCUCUGAAGUUGCCGUGGACGUUGUCAAGCACGCCUUCAUCACUAAAUUCAAUGACAUCAGUGCUGAUGUAUACGGGGAGUACCGAGCCAGCCUGGCCUUUGACCUAGUUAGCAGUCGACAGAAAAAUGCAUACACAGACUACAGUGACUCUGUGUCCAGAAGAAUGGGCUUCAUCCCUCUUCCUUUAGCUCUUCUGUUGAUCAGAGUAGUGACCAGCUCCGUGAAGAUCCAGGGUUCACUCUCCUUCAUGUGUGUGCUGCUGUUUUACCUGGGGAUGAUCACUCUAAAGGUGUUGAACAGCAUCGUUCUGCUGGGCACAUCCUGUGCGUUUGUCAAAGAGGCCAACAUGGAAGAAAAGCUCUUCGACCCUCCACCCUCCAUCGCCUCCAGCCGUGCCAACUCCAGAGCGCAUCGGACCAAACACAUUCACAUUUCUCCACAGCAAGAACCAGUCACAGACAAAGGUGGAGUAUCAUCAGCAUCAGUCAACUCUCCACUCAUCCACAUAGCAGAGAGCUCCGCCCCCAAACUGCCCAAGAGCGACUCAGACACAUUCCUGACCACGCCUGACGAGGAGGACGACGACAAAAUCAUCAACGCUGACACGGGAAUGGAAGGAGACGGGCUCAUACACAGAACACCCAAAAAAGACUUGCUGGAGAUCGACCGUUUCACCAUCUGUGGCAACCGUAUAGACUGACGCUGCAGGAACGACCGGUCCGUGACCUGGGAACAAAGCAAGGUUCAGGGAUCAGACGCGGGUCGUGGAGCAUGCUCAGACGGGACUUAAUCUGGUGCAACCGACCCCUGGAGUAUUUAUUGAUAUUUAUUACUGACUGAACCACCCGAGGCAUAUGGCUGUUAUAACAAUUAUCGCAAGGCCACGUCAGACUGUGUCAGCUGGAACGCCUGCCCCAACUACACGCCCAGCCCUGACCCUAUCAAACAGGUAGACUGUGAGAACGGGUCAUGGUCCUCCAUACAGCCGCAGGAUGACGAUGGGGGUGGAAAAAAAAUGGCCUGCACAGCUAGUUGAGAGUAAAUAGCGCGUGAAACAAGUGUACACGACAUGUGAAAUUGUAAAAAAAAAAAAAAAAAGAUAGUAAAACCUUGUGUCACCGUGUGAUUGUAGGAACGUUACAGCUGGACUGUGUGAGUGUUCGUUCAAAAGCACAAUCGUGUACAGGGGCGGGGUGGAGCACUGAGAGUGCAAACUCUUUUUGAAAGAACAAAAAGUUUUCAAUUUUUAAAGGUUUUUCAAAAGUCUGAAAAAUUCUGAUAUUUGAAAUUAUGUUUUUAUGAAGAUCAGUGUUUUUGUUUUGUUUUGUUUUUGUUUUUUAAACACAUAUAUAAAUAUAUAUAUAACCGAUCAUGUUCAGCUGCAGGACCAAGUCUCAUAAACACAUCAACGCAUUGUUCCAGUGUCAAGUGCUCCUGCAGACACACACCACCACACACACCUAGAACACUCUCAUUCGAUAGAGUACCAUGAUGAGCUGAGAAUUUUUUUUUUUUUUUUUUUUUUUUUUUUUUAAGCUUGAGUCACACUAGUGCGACUGAACAUGACAACAGUAGUGCUAUGUAAACCCUUGCAUGAGUGCAUUUUCCUCUCACCAUCUGUGGCUCACAAGGUUGGGUCACAAUGCUGAUUUUGCCUUCUGACUAUAGUUAAAAGUUUGGAGGUUGUAGAGUCUUGCCAUUAGUGUUGGUAUUGAUACUUUGAAGCACUGCAGUAAGACGAUGCCUGUUUCUGAGGGCACUAGUAUUUAUUUUGAAGUGGAUUGAUUUGGAGUAUAUUUCAUCAUGAAGUGAUGUUUUUUAGAUAACCUAUGCUUCAUGUAUUCCCGCUUCCUUCAAGCAUGUAGCCUACAGAUAAUCAUGACUACCUAGACACAGAGCUUAUUUUUCAUUACAUUGAAAACUGUGGUCUAGAGAAUUGUAUUAGUGUAUCGCCACUGUAAGCGUGACCUCAUUUUAGAUUCACAGUGCAUGACAUUGGUAUACCAGCAUCCCUUUACCAUGUGUCCUAAUUCUUUACCAUUCUCUCUGAAGUAAGAAUAAAUCAAAUCAGACGUCUGUGCAGGUGAAGUAACAACAGCAAAGCUGUUCACAGACUAAGACACAGUUGAUCCAGAAAAUGACAGGGAGUCUAAAAUUUAAAAAACCUAAAUGAGCAUGCACUGUGAUCAUAUGAAAACAGUGAGUGUUGCAGUUUUCAAAGCAUAGCGUGGAAUAAGCUUUGUUAGAGCAUUGUCUGUCAGAAAUAUCAGAAUUGCAUCUAACUAAAUGUCGCUGGCAUUAAUUAUUGGAAGAAGCUCCUUCCAAAUGCACAUGCGCCCAUCAGUUUUAGCUGUUGUGAAUGCUGGAGGUGCAGUUUAACCAAUUACGUGUAUCAUACAAUUCUUCAUCUAUUAAAGCUGCCUGCCAUCCUCGACCUGUAGUGCCAGCGAGGAUUUUUCUUGUGGCCUGGCUGUGCGAAAAGAGGCUGCAUCCAGCCAUACCAUUGUCAGGCAGUCAAUAGAGUGAAAUAAAUAAGUACAUACUGGGGAAAGAAGGGUUAAGACUUUGGAUGUAUCAUGAAAAAACUGUGUGUGUGUCUGUGUGUGUAUGUGAGAGAAAAUUUUUCAGUGCAUGGAUGGAUGUCACCCCCUGAAAAAAUGUAUGAAGCAGAUAUUUCAUUUUUAUCCCAUACAUCCCAUUUGUGUAAAAAAAAAAAAAAAAAAAAAACA